UUGCGGUCAGAAGCGACUGGACUGACCCAGCUGUUCAGAUGUUUGCUGUCUAGCCCCCUCUUCAUGUCCCCUCGCCUGGAGGCCACACGUGUGGGUGUCACAGAGAAUGCGUGGGGAGGGGGAUGCGGGUUGGCCUGGGGAACGGCCAAGAGGAGCAGCUUUGGGACCCAACUCUGCCACUUGCCCGCUGUGUGGUCGUGCGCAAGUCACUCACCCUCUCUGUGCCCCACCAAGCUCAGCUGUGAAAAAAGAGUCGUCCUUGUGCUCCCUCCGGGGACAGACAGGUUUUAGGAAAAGUGCUCACGAGGGCCUGGAACAGGAGGGGUCAUUCUGGAGACCUGUCUCUGAGGCCCUGUCCCGCCUGCUGGCCUACUCUUGGUGACUGGCUCAGCUGGGAGCUGGGGGGCUCCAGGCCCCCUUUCUUGGAGGGUCGGACUCCACCUCCCUCUUGGGACCAUCUAUAGGAGCCAAGGUCAGGAGGGUUGCUGGGGGGAGUAACCCACUUUCCACCCUGAACCCUCCCAACACUCUGUGGAGGCCCCAGGCCCGCACUCCUUGGGGCUCCUGCCACCAAGAGCCCUCAGUGAUCCCACUUGCCCCUUCAGCCCACUGGCAGGCGCAGCAGGGCUGUGGGGGAGGGGCCGUGAGCCUCUGGAGGCCAGAGGAGAAAGGUGCAGGCCUUGCUCCCUACCCCCCAGUCAGCAGCAGCCCCCCGCCACAGGACCUCUAGGAACAUUCUGGAGUGCUGAGGCCCCACUUACCACUCUGCAAUGCUCUCUAAUCCACACAGGGGGCAGGGCAAAGCCCUGAGGCCCAGAAGGGCCUCGGCUGGUGGGGGCAUGGGAGAUGGAGCUGCUGGCACGGGGGCUGAGAUUUUACAGCGGGCGGGGCCGCUUGAAGAGGAAAGGUCAUCCCGGGCCAAGAGAUGAAGUGCAGAGUGGCCUUCAGCUUGGGCAAAGGAGGCCCGUGCAGGACCGAUUGCUGGGCAGCAUUCUCUGGCCAGCGUCUGACCCGACCAGAAAGGCGUCCCUCAUAGAGCUGGAGGCUCCUCAAAUGCCAUCUAUUUGUGUCUUGGACCCUGACGGCGGGCAGGAGACAUGUGACCACAGGGAUGGAGUAUUUUUGGCAGUGGGGGUGGGGCCCGCGUGGUGAGCCCAGCACCGUUCUGCUCUGGGAUAGGCAGCUCGGAUGCCCAGCUCCGCUGCCCAGGCUGGCCACGGGGUCCCAGGCAGGGGGCAGAGCCAGGCACUCCCUGAUGACCCCUGAGUGGGCUCUAGCCAGCACUAGUGUGACCUUGAUGAUCUCCGUGGAAGCCCAGAAGCCUGUCCCAGCCAAGGCUGGUGGAAGGUCAUUGCCAAAGGCUGGUCACCUGCUGGGCACUGCGGCCCCUCCUCCAUGGCCAGCUGCCACCUGAGGCGCGCUGGGACAGACCCGGGCUUAUCCUCGCCAGGUGAGCUGACCCCAGUGAGUGAUCCUUGAAAUGGGCUCUGCUGUGUCCAGUCGGCCUUGGUACCUGCAGGUCUGCAGGGGGCUGGAGAGGGUAGAGCUGACCCAGUGGAGCAGAAAACGCUCCCAGAUGUGAAGAAAGCCACUUCUGGGGACAAAAAUUCAAAUGUGAGGAUGCUGUUAGUGUGCUUGGCUAAUCAGAGCCACGUUUGAUUCUAGGAACCGGCGCACCACAAGGAAGCAGAUGGGGUGCUGGCCCCCGAGCCAAGGAGGCAGGGGGCGCCGCAGCGAGCGUCCGGCGGCCGGUGCCCGGGACCUGGGCCCACGAGGACCCCGCCCGGCCUCCAGCUCUGCCACCCCGGUGCCUCUGCUGACCUGAAAUGGAAAACUUCCAGUACAGCAUCCAGCUGAGUGACCAGGACUGGGCUGAGUUUUCGGCCACGACGGAAGAGUGUGGUCUCCUGCAGGCCGGCCUGGCCUCAGGGGAUGAGCUCUUGUCCAGUGACAUUGACCAAGGGGACAGCAGUGGCAGCAGCCCUCCGGGGCCUCCACCCGUUCUCGAGGGGCGGCCGGCUUCUGGGGGGAGGGGCUGGCCCGGCUUCAAGGAGGAGGAAGAGGCGGCUCCCCGGCCGCUGGUCAGCAGGUCUUGGCGUGAACCUGUCUUGGCCCCGGGGCCCGAUCAGCAGACGCCCAGCACGUCCGCACGGUCAGAAGCUCUGCUGUCCCUCGGAUCUGAUGCCACCCCCCAAGGCCAGAGCUUGUCGCUUCGAGGGCCGGUGUCUUCCCGAGGCGAGAUGCAGAGGCUUCUGCAGGGGCCUGCCCCCCAGGGCCCUGCCCCUAGUCCCCCUGGUGGGCCUCCCCAGAACUCUGAGCCUCCUGGCUGCACCCCAGCUCCCCAGAGGCCCCCUGGCAGUCCCGGAGCCCCGGCACGCAGCCCUAGCCGAAAGAAGAGGCGCGCCGCCGGGGCCAAGGGGGGCGGGUGCCUGAGCACCCCUGGCUCGGCUGCCCCCCAGCAGGGUUCCCCGCUGCCUGCUGAGGUCAGACCCAAGGAGCGCCUUGGCCUGGCUGCGUCCGGGGGGCAGGGUCUCCCGGCUGGGGCAGCAGAGCAGACCGCUGGAACUGGGCAGGGAGAAAGCUGUCUGGAGUCUGCAGGAGCCCCUGCACAGGUGACCCUGCAAGGAACAGAUCCGGAUCUGCCGACACCUGUCCCUGCAACUGAGGAAGGUACAGAGCUCCUGAGAAUGGCCCCGGGAUCUGAGCUACACACCACGUCCACACCUGCCCGGGCCGCUCGUCCAGAUAUUUCAAUGGCUGAGUCAGAUGUGCCUCUGUCUACACCUGCCUCCAAGCUUCAGCCCGAUAUGCCUCUGUCUACACUUGCCUCCAAGUCUAGACUGGACAUGGACCUGCCUGUGCUGGACCCAGUGGUCAAGCAGGAGGUGGAUUCGUCCACACCUGCUCUGCUGCCUCACCUUGUGUCCAAGGCCCAGCCUGACGUGGGUGUGUCGGCAGCUGUCCCCACUUCCCGGGCCGGGCCUGAUGUGGUGAAGGUGGAGGUGGGCCUAGCGGCCACGCCACAAUUGAGCCCUCUUGGGUCUCCAGGAGGACACCGGGAGAAACCCAGAGAGGAGCCCUCAGCAGGUGCCCCUGGACAUCACUCAGGGGAGCCCCCACCAGGCCGGGUCCAAGCCCCCAGGAAGAAGAAAGUGCGGUUUUCCAUGGCUGUGCCCAGCCCUCAGGGGCCAGGCUCAGGAGAGACCUCCGGACCCCUGUCGCCAGCCGCAGCCCGGCCCUCAUCCCCCAGGACAGCCACGGCGGGCCGAGGGGGGCCUGCAGGCUGGGACGCCAUGGCAGUUGGGCCCCGGUCUCCGCAGCCUCGGAUCCUCAAACACCUGCCUCCCCCUUCCCCCUCCGCUUCGGUGGGGCCCAGGCCCGGGAGCAGCUUUGCAGUGACCCUCCCAGAGGCCUACGAGUUCUUCUUCUGUGACACCAUCGAGGAGGAGGAUGAAGGUGCUGAGGAGACGGCAGAAGGCGGCCAGGCCCUGUGUGAAGCGCGGUGGCCGGACGUGUGUGAAUUCUUCUUCCGGGACCGCGGAGCCCAGAGGCCCGGGCACGGGGGGAGCCGCCCUGCGGCCCAGCCCCCCCGAGCUGAGGCUGUACGGGCCGCUCUACCUGGAGACCCUGUGCCCAUCUCCAUCCCUGAGGCCUACGAACACUUCCUUGGGGAGGACUCCCCGGGAGGCACGCCCGAGCUGGCCGCCCUGCUCCAGGUGCAGGCCACGGAGCCCCCCAGCUUGGCGCCCUGGGGCGUGGGGCCUGGCACCCCACCAGAGCCCAGCCCAACCACAGCAGAGCAGCUCAGUCUGGCAGUCAGGCAAGCAGGGGGGCUCCGAGGUCCUCUCCCCUCUUUGACCCUCAGCCAGAACGACAUGUGCUUGGUGUUUGUGGCCUUUGCCACCUGGGCUGUGAGAACGUCAGACCUGCACACCCCAGAUGCCUGGAAAACAGUCUUGCUGGCCAACAUCGGCACCGUCUCUGCCGUCCGCUACUUCCGCCAGCAAGUGAGGAAGGGACGCCGCAGCCCCAGCCCCAGCUCUUAGAACCCAGGCUUGGUCCAGGAAGACACAGGACAGAGAAGCGGCCGCGGGCACUGAGGACGAGGUGCUACCCUCAGGUCUUGCCCUUUGACCCCUGUGUUCUCCGGCAUCUAGGAAGGAGUCAGUGUCCUGCUCCGGGGACUCCCGCAACGCGCUAACCACCGGCUAAGGCCGAGGCGAUGCUUCACACCCGGGAGGAGGGAGAUUCCGGAAGGCUGGGUGGGCGGGUGCUGAGCAAGGAGCUGAUGAGUAGGGUGACCAGAUUAGCUCAUAAAAACAUAGGGUGCCAGGGAAACUUGAAUUUCAGACACGCAGUAUUUGAUGCUUUGCACUGUGAUGUGUGGUUUAUCUGAAAUCCAAUUGAACUGGGUGUCCUGUAUUUUACUGGGUUAUCUAGUCAGCAGGGAGAGGCAGGGAGAGGCACUGGGAACUUGAAGGUGUUGGAGCAGCAGCAAAGCCCCAGCUGGAAAUCUGGGAAGGGGGCAAGAGUGAGGAGACUGAUGGCCUUCGGGUUGGAGGGGGGUGUCCCAGGGACAAGUGGGUGAGGAAGGGAAAGCCUCUGAGGCCUCUGUGGCCCCUAAGCCCCAGGCUGCCUUGGCUCCUGCCUGAGCAGAAGACAGCGAGCAGGUCCCCGCAGGGGCGGGUCAGACGGUGGCUCCUGCAGGGUGGGGGUCUGUAGGGCAGAAGCUGGAGCCCCUCCUCUGGGGAACCUUGGAUGAGGUACAGAGGCACAAUAGGGUGGCGUCGGAUAAAGGAUCAGAUAUUUGGGAUUGUCCUAAGGCUUUGAGGCGUCAGAGAUGGGACAGGAAGGUGGGUGGAGGCUGGUGGUGGCAGAGCCGUGGAGCCCACAGGGCUGGGUGCCAGGUGGGCCUGUGCACAGGGUCCCCAGGAUGGGGGCUCCUGACUGCUGAGCGGAAAACGCAUGGACACACAGCACAAAUAAAACCUUCUCUUUCUUUCUUA